UUUUUUAACUGUGCUAUGGAAUAGAAGCAGGAGGGUUUUCCACCAAGUGACAGUCACUGAGCUGAAUUUACCCCCUCCUCCUUUCCACACCUGCAAAGCCUUCUGCCUGGGUUGAAUAUUUAGUUUAAUUACAUCUCAGCUUUGAGAGCUCCUGUUGCAAAUCCCUGGAUUAAAAGGUUCUGCUGGGAGUCGAUGAACUAAGCCAUGAAGAGGCUGGCUCUGCUCCUUGUCCUGCUGCUGCCAGCAUGCUUGGCCAAGCCAUUCCACCAGCAGGGCCUCUUUGACUUCAUGCUGGAGGACGAGGGCUCAGCGGACGUGGCUUCCACGGACGAUCCUGUCAUGUCCGGCUUCGGUCCAGUGUGCCCCUUCCGCUGCCAGUGCCACCUCCGCGUGGUGCAGUGCUCCGACCUGGGUCUGGAAAAGGUGCCAAGAGACCUUCCCCCAGACACAACCCUGUUGGACUUACAGAACAACAAAAUCACUGAAAUUAAAGAAGGAGAUUUCAAGAACCUGAGGAAUCUUCAUGCAUUGAUCCUUGUCAACAACAAAAUCAGCAAAAUAAGCCCAUUAGCUUUUGCUCCUCUGAAGAAACUGGAAAGGCUUUACCUGUCCAAGAAUAACCUGAAGGAACUCCCAGAAAACAUGCCGAAGUCUCUCCAGGAGAUACGCGCUCAUGAGAAUGAGAUCUCCAAGCUGAGGAAAGCUGUCUUUAAUGGACUGAAUCAAGUGAUUGUCCUAGAACUAGGCACCAAUCCCAUCAAGAGCUCAGGCAUUGAAAAUGGAGCUUUCCAGGGGAUGAAGAGGCUUUCCUACAUCCGUAUUGCAGACACCAACAUUACAAGCAUCCCAAAGGGCCUUCCUCCAUCCCUUACUGAACUUCACCUUGAUGGCAACAAAAUCAGCAAAAUUGAUGCUGAAAGUCUCUCUGGACUCACCAACUUGGCAAAACUGGGUCUCAGUUUUAACAGCAUUUCUUCAGUUGAGAAUGGCUCUCUUAACAAUGUACCUCAUCUGAGGGAGCUCCACUUGAACAACAAUGAACUUGUCAGAGUACCCAGUGGACUGGGUGAUCACAAAUAUAUUCAGGUGGUCUAUCUUCACAACAACAAAAUUGCUUCCAUUGGUAUCAACGACUUUUGCCCUCUUGGCUACAACACCAAAAAGGCCAGCUAUUCUGGGGUGAGCCUCUUCAGCAACCCUGUGCAGUACUGGGAAAUCCAACCCUCUGCUUUCCGCUGCAUCCACGAACGCUCUGCAGUACAGAUCGGAAAUUACAAAUAGAUGUCUGGAGAUGGGGUUCGGUCGUGUUCCAGCUAAAGUGUCUGUCCUCAUAGGCCUGUUCAAAAAACCAUUGCUAACAAUUAACACCAAAUGCCAGGAACUUCACUAAAAAGUGGAGAUGAUCCAUUGAUUUAGAAUUAAUGAGACAUUACAGAUGUACAAGAGCGAGCAUACCAUCAGUAAGAAUUGCCAACUGUGCUUUAAACUGACUUAUUUCAGCCUUCUUUUCCAGCAUGCUUUCUGUGGCAUUUUUCAGUUUGCUGAAUGCUACAGGUUUUCAGAUUCCACUGUAUAUGAAAUUCGGAGUAAAUAUUUUUCAAGUUAUGAUAUAUUAAAAAAAAAAGAAAAAAGAGUGAUUGAGGUUAUUUUUAUAGCCACACACAGAGAAAAAUAGCAGAGGGAAAAAAGACUCUCAAAUCAUCUUGAGACUUGAGAAGGUAAGAGUUACCUCCUUUAAAUUUAUUUCAAGCCCCGGAGGUUUAAAAAUAUCCACUAUAACUAAGAUAAUUCUGAAUGUAUCUAUUUAGCAGAGGCAAAUAAAGUUGUUGCUAAUGUCAUUAUUUUUGGAAAAAUAAAAUAAAUUCGUAUUGUACACAUAGUUCUUAACGGUUUGCCAUUCUUCUAGAGCAAUGCUAUUCAGAAUUAGCCUAACGUCAUCCUAAUGAACAAAAUAUUGAGUAGUCUGCAGUAAAAACUUGUAACCUAUAUCUGGAGCUCGAUGAGUAAAUUUCUCUAGUGCAAAUCCUUCUCACCUUAGUCACAAGAGCAGUUUUUAUGACUGUACUGCCUUGCAGAGUAUGGUGUAAGGGUUUAGUAAUUAUUAUCAAUCCAUGUAUUUAUCUAAGCAAAAAAAAAUAGCAUUUCACGUUUCAUUUGUUCUGCAUUGUACGUUUGUCAGCAUCCUUUACUGGUUUUGCUUUUCUAAAAAAGGAAUUAAUUGUGAAGUAGAGAUGUGCAGGCUCCUCAGUCUGACAAAUUUGUGGAAUUUAGACUAUGGAAGCAAAACCAUAAGUAUAGAAAUAUAUGAAGUGAAAUAGCUGCAAUUGUGGACAUUGUUGAGACAUCCUUUGUAGAUGUAUCUACUUAGAGUGAUUAUGAGCCCUAUGUAAAUUGGAAUUCUUCAACCCAUACCAGCAGGUAGCAAGCACAUCAAAGGUAGGCUGCACAUUCCUACUGUCAAUCUUCAAAGCUAAACGUAUACUCAAUAAAAACAUCACCUGAAAAGAAUCUUCUGCAGACUCUUAAUACUCCAAGGUCAAUCUCUCUAAUUUGUAAAACUUAUAUGUCAUUUAUAUUAAAGAAUAAUGUAAUACAGGCAAA